CCUCAUCAGCAUCAUCAUUGGCCGUUUCAGUUUCGGCGGGAUGUAUCCAGAUUGUACCUAUUCUUGUGGAUGUACGUUUGUUAACCUCUAUUUUGAUAGGUUUUCGGGUUUUUGACAUUAUUUUACGUGGGCGUUAUUCAAGAUGGAUCUGUUUGAAGAUCCAUUGUUUAAAACUAAAUAUCAGAAAAGCAAACUGAGAGUGAAACUAUGGGAGAGUGAUUUCAUGGAAAAAUAUGGCAAGAGACCGAGCAAGAAUGAUAUAAAGGAAGCAGAUGUAACGAUACGAGAAGCAUAUAAAAUGUAUUGGAAAUUAAAAACUAAAGCUCUAGAGGAAACCCUAAUGGAUAUUACUUUUUCUGACGAUGCACAAGCAAAUGUUUCAGCCAAUUCAAUAUCUACUUGGGAUUUGGAUUUAGAAGAUAAAACAAAAAAGGAUCUGAAUCCUACAACUACAAAUACAGAGAAUAUAGCUCCACAAAAUGUUAUGACGCUUAAAGAGUUAAAUGUAGAGCCUCCAUCCGUAUCAGAUUCUUUAAAUGUAGAUGGAGCUUGGGGAGAUCAUCUAAAUAAGGAUAAACUUGCUUCCUCUCAGAAAAAGCAAAAUUUACUAGUUGGUAAAUCAUCCUCAUUUCAACUAUCACAAAAAAAGUUUUCUGGCACAACUUUUACUAAAAGAAAUCCUAGAAAAUCACUGUCAUUGACUAAACUCAGAAGUAAAUCAGAUUUGAAUGUGUCUGAAAUUCAAACUCAAUCGGUAGAUCAAGUCACUAAACAAAAUGAAGAUGGCUUUGACGCAAGUAAUGCAAUCAAACCAAUUUUUGGAGAAACAUUUAAAGUGGUUCAUAAAGAAACUAAAAUUACUAGUCAGCCGAUCAGUACUAUCCAACAGUUGAUCGAAGGACGAGUCACUGCUCCAGAUAGAAAAUUAAAUAAUGGAUGGUUAGACAGAUGCUUAAAAGAAAAUAAUUUGGAGCCUAUUCCAAUAAAUCCUCAGAGGUUGUCUGGAACAAGUGAUUCUGGUGUUGAGUCUAUGGAAUCUAGCAUACACUCACCUAAUCAAGGUGUGCGGCUUUCUUGCAUCGGCAAAGCAGCAGUUUCGGAUGAAGAAGAUUUUAUCUGCAACAGUGAUUCUGAGGAGGAACGUAAAAACAAACGCAUUAGAAAUCUUCGAAAAAGAUUAAGCGAUGAAGAAAUGUGUGCUGCAAAACGAAUAUGUAUUGAAAGAGAGGUUCCUCUUUCAUACAGUGGACCAUUACCUAACAGAACAACACUAGAAGUGUCUCCUGCGAUUAUUACCAACCUCACGUCUGAAAUUGAUUCCAUAAAAGUCCAUAAAUUGAUCGACAAUAUUAAUAAACCAACAGAAGGAACUACAGUUGAAACUCAUUUAGAUAUAACUGUUGUUUCUGAUUCGCAUUAUACGAAAUUAGAUAAGAAGAAUACUGAAGUGGAGAAAUGCAUAGACACAUAUGAGAAUGAAAAUAAUGUGAAUUUAGAACCGACUAAACCCGCGCCUCGCCGCAAAGCACGUGUUAAAAAUAAACAACAAGAUGAAUCCGACGAUUCUGAUCCUGAUUACAGUGACGAGGAUUACAAAGAGAAGAAAACAAAGUCAAGAAAAUCUAAACAGUCUAUUCGUAAAGAAAAAAAAAAUGUGGAUAAUGAUGAGAAAAAACCAAACACACGUAAAAAGGCUGUUACUGCAAGAAAGAAACUUGUUAGGAAAACGAAAAUCACCAAAGAGGAAGAGGAGAAUGGUAAUGAAACCGAUUCAAAGGAUCCAGACAUACCAAUUUAUGGAGUGGAAACUUUGGAAGUUGUGCCACGCUUUGCUCUUCCUAAAAGUGGUACUGGCGACCUUGUAUCAGACUUUACUCAAAUAAUAUCAAAACCAAAUGAUGAAACUAAAGUCAUUGCAGGACCAAGCAAUUCUAAAUUAAAAUUAACAGAUAGAGAAAAGUUAGAGCAGAAGGUAGCUGCUGGAAAAGUAAAUGAGAAUUUUGUUAGAAUAAAUUUGAAGAAAAAAGUCUUUGUCAGGGGUAAGAAGACUAUGAAUUUCUCAAAAUACAAAAAGAAUCAAUGGAAGCAACGAAAAAAGGAAUUGGCCUCCAGUGAGGGUAGUUUAGAUUUAGCUGACUUGGCUGAGAAGAAUGGCGCGUUGACUUGUUUCAAAUGUGGAAGUAUUGGCCAUUUCUCUAGGCAGUGUACAGCCAUGAAAAGUGAUGAUCUUUUGCCUCUUAAUGAAGUCGAAGACGUAUCUGAUUAUCCAACUUUGGAAGAAGCAGAAAAGAUGGCGAGCCAGACAGCCAUACCAGCACACAGUUCUAAGAUAGAUAGACUUCCGGAAAAACCAUCCUUUGCCCAUAGAGCCACAGAAGAAACACAACAAUCUCUUCGAGAAGAGGAAAAUAUAGAAUCAUUAUUAGAAGGCAUUGAGUUUACAGAGUCUGAUAAUGAGGAACAGCAAAUUUCUGUUGGGCACAAGAUACCUGAAGAUAUCAUAGCAAAAUUAUUACCUCCCACGCCUAAUGCAGUAGAAGCAUUGUAUUCUGUUGGACCAGACAAUUCUUUAAUCGAAACUCCUGAGGAAGUUUUUGCAGUUUUAGAAAGGUUUGGUCAUAAGAAUUUCAGACCAGGACAAGAAAAGGCAAUAAUGCGAAUUCUCUCAGGUCAAUCUACAUUAGUGACACUCUCAACUGGUUCAGGAAAAUCAUUAUGCUAUCAAUUACCUGCAUAUAUCUAUGCUCAACGUACACGAUGCAUUACACUUGUCAUAUCGCCACUGGUGUCCUUGAUGGACGAUCAAGUCACAGGAGUGCCAGCAUUUCUCUUGGCAGCCUGUCUGCAUACCAAUCAAACGCCAAAGCAGCGUGAAAAGGUCAUGGAUAUGGUCAGAAGUGGUCAAUUAAAUAUAUUACUGGUAUCCCCAGAAGCAGUGGUUGCUGGUGAAAAGUCUACUGGCUUUGGUGCUUUAUUAAGGCAACUUCCUCCAAUCGCAUUCGCCUGUAUCGAUGAAGCUCAUUGCAUAUCCCAAUGGUCCCACAAUUUCCGACCAUCUUAUCUUAUGAUUUGUCGAGUUCUUAAAGAAAAAUUGCGAGUUCGAACAAUAUUGGGUCUCACCGCAACAGCUACCAAGGGUACUGCAGAAAGCAUCGUGAGCCAUCUGAAUAUCCAUGAUGGCUUAGCUGGAAUUAUUUCUGACACACCAAUGCCCAGGAACUUGGCGUUAUCGGUAUCCAAGGACGAACACAGGGAUCGCGCUUUGAUAGACCUUUUGCAAAGUCCAAGGUUUCAGGAAUGUGAUUCUGUUAUCAUAUAUUGUACUCGGCGUGAAGAGUGCGUGCGACUUGCUGGGUUCCUUAGAGUCGUUUUAAAGGAUCAGGCAAAUAGUGAUAAAGCGGAUGCAAAAAUUUCAUGCAUUGCUGAAGCUUAUCAUGCUGGUUUGCCAUCGUAUCGCCGUAAAGCUGUGCAAAAAGCGUUCAUGAAUGGUGAUAUAAGAAUAGUGGCUGCAACUGUUGCUUUUGGUAUGGGAAUUAAUAAACAAAAUUUAAGGGCGGUUAUUCAUUACAAUAUGCCGUCCAGUUUUGAGGGAUAUGUUCAGGAAGUUGGACGAGCUGGUAGAGAUGGGUUGCCAGCGCACUGUCAUCUCUUCCUGGAUUCCAAGGAUGGCAAAGAUACCUAUGAAUUGAGAAGACACAUUUAUGCGAAUGGAUUAGACAGGCACAUGAUUAGACGCCUGCUUCAAAAAGUCUUUGUGCCUUGUUCCUGUAAUAAAACAGCCAAUACAAAUAAAACCCGUUGUCCAGGACAUGAAGUGGCGAUCCCUGUUGAUGAGACUGUUCGUGCUCUGGAUAUCCCUGAAGAGAUGAUCUUAACUCUGCUUUGUUACCUCGAACUUCAUCCCAGACGUUUUAUAAGUGUCUUAUCCUCAGUCUAUGUAAUGGCGAAGAUUUCAAGUUACAAUGGUCCUAAGGCUCUCAAACUUGCGGCACAGUCUUCACCACCACUUGCAAUGGCAAUUGCUUUAGAUCUGCAAAAGGGUAUUUCUCAUGAAAAUAGUUCUAUGAUUGAAUUCCCAGUAGUAGAUAUAGCAGCAUGUAUAGGCUGGGACAGUGGCGUAGCAAAAAAUCAUUUAAAGCAGUUAGAAUGGACUACAGGCGAUGGCAGAUCAAAACGUUCUGCGAUAUCAGUGAAGUUUGACACGUUAGGCUUCCGAAUAAAAGCACCAGGUGACCUGACUGAUGCGGAACUCGACGAAGCACUGGAAGCACUAGCUACUCGAGCUCGUUCCCAGGAACUAUCACGUCUUCAGCAACUUGAAAUUAUACAGUCGACAAUGAAUAAAUUUAGUAACCCAUCAAUAAAAUAUUGUCUGGAAAUGGCAGAGGAAGUUACCCGGAAAUCGGAUGACAUCAAAGGAAUAAUUAGAGACUAUUUUAAAUCCGAUAAUCCAUUGUGUGAUGUCGAUCUGAAACUCGAGGAUAAACUUGCCAAUGAGUCACAAAUAAUUAGUGACAUUCGCAGCCUGAUUUCCAGUUAUAGAGAUAACAAUUUCACUGGACGUGCUGUUGCUCGAAUUUUUCAUGGUAUCCAGAGUCCGAAUUAUACUGCUCUAGUUUGGAGCAGAUGUCGAUUUUGGAGAGCACAUCUUGGUGCGAAUUUCAAUUUAAUUUGCCAAAUCGCUACCCGAGAGAUUUUAGCUAUGCGAUGAUGAUAUUUAUUAGAAUUUCGCCUGCUCUGAUCUUAUAAGCUUCGCAGAUAUAAUUUCAGAAAGUGAUAAGUUAGCGUAUUCAAAACGUUGCGCUUAUGAAACAAGCGUACGACUGACAGGGCUGAUUGUUGGUCCUGAAUUUUUAGUGUAGUAACUUAUUUUUAUGCAUUAUAAUUGAUGACUCGUUUUAUUACUAAUAGAUGGACAUUAAAUUCAAAGAUACGUACAAUACUUGUUGUAAAAAGUCUUGUCUUUCUUACUUUUAUUAAUAAAAAACCGUCAAUGAGGGAAA